UUCACUGUCGCUCUCUGUAGUCUCUGCCACAACACAUCUCUCUCCCUUUCUCUCUCUCCCCUCGGCUCCUCUCUCUCCCCUCCUCCCCAGUGAGGAUGACAUCCCCGAAUUUGAUGAACCAGCGAAGCUCUCAUUCUGGCUGGUGGCUUCCCAGGGAGACCCCACAUGAUCGGGCUUACUGGACGAGGAGGUGCCGCGUCUGAGGAGCUUCGGAGAAAAGCUGCAAGCUGUAGCAGUCCCUGAAUCAGCGACUGCUUCCACCGACUCUCUGCAAACACCGUCUCCUCCCGAUAAGUCUCAUCAAACACUCAAAUCAGAACAUUUCCGGACACAUGUCACAGGUCGAGCAGGAGAUCUCUCUGGUGCAGAGGAAGAUGUCUGACCUGGAGUCUGUGCUGCAGCAGAAGGAUAUCGAGCUAAAGGCGUCAGAGACCCAGAGGACCAUCCUGGAGCAGGACCUGGCCACCUACAUCUCAGAAUGCACUAGUCUGAAGCGCAGUUUGGAGCAGGCUCGAAUGGAGGUGACACAGGAGGACGAUAAAGCUCUGCAGCUGCUGCACGACAUCCGGGAGCAGAGCAACAAGCUGCAAGAGAUCAAAGAGCAGGAGUACCAUGCUCAGCUGGAGGAGAUGCGAGUGUCCAUCCGGCAGCUGGAGGAGGACCUGUCAGCUGCCCGUCGCCGUAGCGACCUGUACGAGUCUGAGCUGAAGGAGUCCCGUCAGUCCAGCGAGGAUCUGAAGAGGAAGGCGGCCGAGUACCAGCAGAGGAUGCAGAAGGUCAAAGAGCAAAGCAAAGCAGACUCAGAGGAGGUGGUCGGCAAGUUGGAGAAGACCAACACUGAGCAGCAGAGCAAGAUCCAGGAACUUCAAGAAAAACUUACCAAGUCAGUGAAGGCCAGCGCCGAGGCCUCCGAUCUGCUGCAGGGCCUGAGAGCGGCUAAAGAUCGCAUGGAGCGAGAGCUGGAGAGACUGCAGAACAAAGAGGACUCCAGCGACAGCCUGAGGAGACGCCUCCGAGAGACUGAGGAUGGCAGGAAGACUCUGGAGAACCAGGUGAAGCGGCUGGAGAUGGUGGAGCGUCGGGAAGCUAAACUGAAGGAGGAGAUCCAGAGCAAGUCGCAGCAGAUUCAGCAGAUGGCCGAUAAGAUUCUGGUGCUGGAGGAGAGUCUGCGGGAGACUCAGGGCACAGCGCAGCGCUUAGAGACUCAUCUGAAGCAGAAGGAGAAGCUGUACGAAGACAAGAUAAAGGUGUUGGAGUCCCAGAUGAAAGCGGACAUGGCCGACAAGGAGAUGCUGGAGUCCAGUCAGAGCAAGUUUGAGGAGGAGGUGCGCGACAAGUGCGGCGUCAUCAGCGACCAGAAGGCGACCAUCAAUGCGAUGGACUCUAAGAUGAACAGUCUGGAGCAGAGGAUAUCCGAGCUCUCUGAGGCCAACAAGCUGGCAGCCAACAGCAGCAUCUACACCCAGAAGAACAUGAAAGCCCAGGAGGAGAUGAUCUCGGAGCUACGGCAGCAGAAGUUCUACCUGGAGUCUCAGGCCGGGAAGCUGGAGGCGCAGAACGCCAAGCUGGAGGAGCACCUGGAGAAGAUGAGUCAGCAGGAGCAGAGCAACAAGAGCCGGGUGAUGGAGCAGGAGACCAGGCUCCGAGAGCUGGGUCUGGAGCACGAGGAGCAGAAGCUGGAGAUCAAUCGUCAAGUGUCGGAUCUGACCCUGUCGCUGCAGGAGCGCGAGUCCCAGAUCAGCAACCUGCAGGCGGCCCGCCACGCUCUGGAGAACCAGCUGCAGCAGGCCAAGUCGGAGCUGGAGGACACCACGGCCGAGGCCGAGGAGGAGAUCACCGUGCUCCGAGCUCACAGGGACGAGAUUCAACGCAAGUUUGACGCCUUGAGAGACAGCUGUGCGGUGAUCACAGAUCUGGAGGAGCAGCUGACAGCGCUGACGCAGGAGAACGCCGAGCUGAACCGGCAGAACUUCUACCUCUCCAAGCAGCUGGACGAGGCGUCAGACGAGCGGGAGGACCGGCUGCACCUCAGCCAGGACGUGGACCGGAUGAGGAGGGAGGUGGCCGACCGCGAGAUGCACCUCAACAACCAGAAACAGAACCUGGAGACUCUGAAGACCACCUGCACGAUGCUGGAGGAGCAGGUCCUGGAGCUGGAGACCCUGAACGACGAGCUGCUGGAGAAGGAGAGGCAGUGGGAGGCCUGGAGGUCGGCUCUGGAGGAUGAGAAGAACCAGGCGGAGAGGAGGACCAGAGACAUCCAGAGACUGCUGGACACAGAGAAACAGAACAGGCUUCGUUCAGAGCAGCGCAGCUUGGAGUCUCGUCAGGCGGUGGAGCAGGCGGUGAAGGAGCACAAAGCGGAGAUCGUCGCCCUGCAGCAGGCCCUCAAAGAUCAGAAGAUCAAGGCCGAGAGCCUCACCGACACUCUGAACGACCUGGAGAAGAAGCACGCCAUGCUGGAGAUGAACGCCCACAGUCUGCAGCAGAAGCUGGAGGGGGAGAGGGAUCUGAAGCAGAGGCUGCUGGAGGAGCAAGAGAAGCUGCAGCAGCAGAUGGACGCUCAGAAGACGCACAUCUUCCGCCUGACCCAGGGUCUGCAGGACGCUCUGGACCAGACCGACCUGCUGAAGACCGAGAGGACCGACCUGGAGUACCAGCUGGAGAACGUCCAGGCUGUGUACUCCCAUGAGAAGGUGAAGAUGGAGGGCACCAUCACCCAGCAGACCAAGCUCAUCGACUUCCUGCAGGCCCAGGCGCACGGGGGCUCCAAGAAGAAGAAGGGUCUGUUCGGCCGUCGCCGGGAGGACCUGCUGGCCGCCAUGGCUGCUCAGGCCCAGGCUCAGAGUCAGGGUCAGGGUCAGGGUCCGGGUCCGGUCUCCCCGGUGCCCUCCAUCCAGCCGGUGCCUCUGCAGUACAGCGACAUGAAGCUGGCUCUGGACAAAGAGAGAACCCGCAGCACGGAGCUGGAGGAGGCGCUGCAGAAGAUGAGAGGGGAGCUGCGGUCCCUGAGAGAGGAGGCGCUGCAGUAUAAGGACCUCGGGAACUCCGGGAACCCGGCCGCUCGGCAGCAGAUGAUCAUGUCGGCCAUGGUGAAGUCUCCCGAGCACCAGCAGGGCCCCCCCAACCUGAACCCCUCCAACUCUGAGCGCAGGAAGGCCACCGCAACACCCGAGGAGUUCAGCCGCCGUCUGAAGGACAGUCAGAGGGACCGGGACAGGGAGAGGGACCGGGGGCUGCACCACAACACCGCCCACCGCUUCACCGUGGGGCUCAACAUGAGGGCCGCCAAGUGCACGGUGUGCCUGGACACCGUGCACUUCGGGCGCCAGGCGGCCACCUGCCUCGAAUGCCACGCUCUGUGUCACCCUAAAUGCUCCCCCUGCCUGCCCUCAACCUGUGGGAUGUCCAGCGACUGCUCCCUGCACCUGACCGAGGGUCUGUGUCGGGACAAAGGCAGCGCCCCCGCCCUGAAGGAGGCGGCGGGACACAUGCACCUGGAGGGCUGGAUGAAGAUGCCCAGGAAUGGGAAGCGAGGCCAGGGCUGGGAGAGGAAGUACAUGAUCCUGGACGGGACCAAAGUGUCCGUGUACGAGAUCGAGCCCAGAGAAGAUUCAGUGAAGCCUCUGGAGGAGUUUGACCUGUGUCUGACGGACGGAGAGGUGGUGGUUCAUGGAGCGGUGGGGGCUUCUGAGCUCCCCAACACCUCCAAGUCAGAUGUGGCCUACGUGCUGAAGCUGGAGUCGCGCUGCCACCCCCCCUGCUGGCCGGGACAGUCCGUCUACUUCAUGGCUCCCAGUUUCCCCGACAAGCAGCGCUGGGUGGCGGUGAUGGAGUCGGUGGUGUCUGCAGGGCGAGCCUCGCGGGAGAAGGCCGAGUCCGACGCAGCUGCUGUGUCCAAAAGAAUAAUGGUUCUGACUCCUCUGGUCCAGAAGCUGUUAGGAAACUCUCUGCUGAAGCUGGAAGGAGACGACCGGCUGGACAUCAACUGCACCCUCCCCCUCACUGAUCAGAUUGUCCUGGUGGGCUCUGAGGAGGGUCUCUACGCUCUGAACGUCAUCAAGAACUCUCUGACGCACAUCCCCGGCCUGGGCUCCGUCUUUCAGAUCCAAAUCAUCAAAGAACAGGAGAAGCUGCUGAUGAUCGUCGGGGACGAGCGGGCGCUGUGUCUGGUGGAGAUUAAGAGGGUGAAGCAGUCUCUGGCUCAGUCUCACCUGCCCAGUCAGUCUGAACUCUCCCCCUACAUCUUUGAGACGGUGAAGGGCUGCCAUCUGUUCGCUGCGGGGAGAAUAGACAACGGACCGUGUAUCUGUGCUGCUAUGCCGAACAAGAUAACCAUUCUGCGCUACAACGACAAUCUCAACAAGUACUGCAUCCGGAAGGAGAUCGAGACCCUGGAGCCGUGCAGCUGCAUCCACCUGACGAGCUACAGCAUCAUCAUCGGCACCAACAAGUUCUACGAGAUCGAGAUGAAGCAGUUCGUGCUCGAGGAGUUCCUGGAUAAGAACGACGUGUCCCUGGCCUCGGCGGUGUUCGCGGCCUCCUCUCACAGCUUCCCCAUCGCCAUCAUGCAGGUGGCCAGCAGCCUGCAGAAGGAGGAGUACCUGCUGUGCUUCCACGAGUUCGGAGUGUUUGUGGACACGUACGGACGAAGGAGCCGCACCGAGGACAUCAAGUGGAGCCGCCUGCCUCUGUCCUUCGCCUACAGAGAGCCCUACCUGUUCGUCACCUACUUCAACUCUCUGGACGUCAUCGAGGUGCAGGGACACGCCUCUCUGGGUCCCACAGUGCUGGCUCACCUGGACAUCCCUAACCCGCGCUACCUGGGCCCCGCCAUCUCCUCGGGGGCCAUCUACCUGGCCUCCUCCUACCAGAAUAAGCUGCGGGUCAUCUGCUGCAAGGGGAGUCUGAUCCGGGAGUCCGGGGAGCUGCAGAGGACCGGCUCCAGCAGAGGGAGCCCCAGUAAGCGCGGCCCCCCCACCUACACAGAGCACAUCUCCAAGCGUCUCACCUCGGGCCCCGGCAGCCACGACGGUCUCCACCGGGAGCCCAGCACCCCCCACCGGUACCGGGAGGGCCGCACCGAGUUCCGGCGGGACAAAUCCCCCGCCCGGCCCGCCCUGGAGCGGGAGAAGUCCCCGGGUCGGGUUCUGGACAGCCGCAGGGAGCGGUCCCCGGGGCGGUUCGGUGACAGCAGCCGCCUCCACGCGGGGUCCGUCCGCACGCAGCUGGCCCCCGUCAACAAGGUCUGGGAUCAGUCAUCGGUGUGAGUCCUGGAGGAUGAAGAGGAACCCCGAUUCCCCCCACACACACACACGCACACACACACACACACACCGCCUGUACAUAGUGCCGCUGCUCGUGCACUCUCCUCUCCUCCUCACCCGUUGGACUCUGAUGAUGGGAGGUGUAAAUACCGCCGGGAGUUUUUAUAGAUACAGGGAACCGUCGGCGGGGGGGCCAGGUCUAUUUUUUUUAAAACUGAGUUUCUAAAGAAGUUGCGGGGAGAUUAACGAUGUCGUUGGUUUACGAAAUAUAGCAUCAACAUAAUCCGGUUUAACAAAGACUCUGAGGAGCCGCACCCUGCACCUCCUCCUCUGCUCCUGCAUUAUAUUUAUCAGCUUUCUGGUCAGAUGUGACGCUGCGCUCCUCCUGGUGUUGUUUCAGCAGAGAGACGUGCUGCCGUGACGUGGUGUCGUCCUCGGGAGCCUCUGUAACGCAGAGCCACUCACUCCUCCUCCUCUACCUUUUCCUCCUCUUACUCAUCCUCCUCCUUUUCCUCCUCUUACUCCUGCUAGUCCUCCUCCUCUUCUUCCUUCUUUUCCCCUUCCUCCUUUUCCUCCACCUCAUUAUCCUCUUCUCCCCCCCCCCCUCCCCUCCUCCUCCUCCUCCUCUCUGGUUGUUUCUUUGUGUUCAGUAUCUUUGAUGUUUGACAGUGAUUAAUAUUCUCCUGAUUUAUAGAGAUGUAAAACCAGUACAUUAAACAUGAUUCA